AUGUGGCAUCAAUCCUCUGCAUCACUUCUUCUGGCCCUUGUGGCCCCAUCAAUUACGUAUGCAGCGGCAAUGGCUCAACGAGACGACAGCGUAGGCAACGCUGUCGUCAAUCUCUCUCAGAACAACGGCGCGGCGACCUUCCUCGGCUCGGGUUUCAUCUAUGGAUUCCCAGACAAUGGUACGAGCGCUGAAGAUAACAUCCCUGACUAUUUCCUCACCGAUAUCAAGUUUAGAGCAUGCCGCGGCGGUGGUGCUCAGAUCGAUGCUGUCGGAUGGGCGUCCGGCGGCUAUGAUGGUUAUAUUGGGCGUUUUUAUUCGGCCCUUUCAAACUACCGUUCGGCCCGCAAGUAUGAUGGAGAAUUCAUCCUGAUGCUGAGCGACCUGUGGGGUGCUCAAGGCGGUGCAACCGCGGCUUCCGUUUUCCCAGGCGACAAUGGCAAUUGGACGGAAAUGGAGUUGUUCCUCGAUCAGGUGAUAUCCGAUAUCAAGUCGAAUGACAUCUUGGAGGGAUUGAUAGUUGAUAUCUGGAAUGAGCCUGACCUCGAAACAUUUUGGUAUCCCGAUUGGUCUCAAUAUGUGGAAUACUUUGUCAAGGCCACUCAAUACUUGCGAGCUAACUAUCCUGAUCUACCUGUGGAAGGUCCAUCGAUGGCAAACUCGCCCAGCACCGACAACACUAACUGGCAAGCCUGGAUGUCAUCUAUCUCUGGAAAUGAUACGAUUCCAGACCGAUUUUCUUGGCAUCAGAUCGGGUCAUGGCAGCGCGAGCCUGAUGUUACAGUGCCUGCUUUUACCUCUUUACGGGAGACUUAUUCCGUUGCUGAGAGGCCAAUCGAUGUCAAUGAGUAUGCUUGGCCCUCAGAGCAGAACCCUGCCAACUCGAUCUUCUAUCUCUCGCAAUUUGAGCGUCACAAUAUCCGAGCCUUGCGUGCUAAUUGGGGUGGUGGUUCAAACUUGCACAAUUACAUGGCCAGCUUGAUCUACGCCGAUGGUUCGGGAUAUUAUCCCAAUGGUGAUUGGCAGCUUUACAAAUAUUACGGAGGAAUGUUAGGCGAUCGGAUUGCAACUACUGCAUCUUCAGAUCUCCUAUUCGAUGCCUUUGCUGCCGUAUCGGAUGGGAAUAUUCUCAAAGUUAUCGCCGGUACCAGGACUGUCCAGGCCUCAUACGAUCUUAUCAUCACAGGAUUCAGUAAAUAUGGGCUUGCUACCGAGGGCACGCUCGAUGUUCAAAGCUAUCGAUUCGAUUGGAGUGGCUCUGAGGUGCAAAUCGAUAGCCCGGUUGACCUGGGCAAAGCUUCCUAUGGCUAUUCUUCAGAUACACUCACCAUCACUCUUAAUCCGCCGACUAACUCAACCGGUUACGCGUUUGAGAUUCAGCUUUGA